AUGUCGAUGCUUAAGAAUUACCUCGGACUUGGGGACGCAGAGGCAUCCCCAGCCGCUGCCGACCACAAUUCCUCAGUUCACCCUCUCCCUGUCUCGUGGUAUUCGUCGCAGGAUAUACAUGAACUAGAGCGACGUGCAAUCUUCUCUCGGAAAUGGCUUCUCACUACACACAAGCUGCGUUUCAACAAAACAGGCGACUGGCUGCGAUACGAGAUCGCUGGCUACGCAUUUAUUUUAGUCAGAGAUCGCGAGGGGAAUCUCAAUGCUUUCCACAAUAUCUGUCGACACCGUGCAUUCCCCGUGGUUACCGAAGAAGGUGGCACCUCCGGAAUUUUCUCUUGUCAAUAUCACGGAUGGUCCUACGGCCUUAAUGGCAAACUUGCCAAGGCACCCGGGUAUCAAGAUCUGGAAGGUUUCGACAAGAGCAAGAACGGCCUUCUUCCGAUCCACGUUCAUAUUGAUGUCAACGGUUUUGUUUGGGUCAAUUUAGAUGCCGGCGAGAAGCCUGAAAUCUCGUGGGAAGAUGACUUUAAAGGAAUCGACUUACAGCCACGUUUCGAGGGGUUUAACUUCGAGGACUAUAACUUCGAUCACGCCUCGGAGAUUAGUGGAGAGUAUAACUGGAAGAUUCUGGCAGAUAACUACACCAAGUCCCUCGGCACACAUGCCGUGGAUACCAAAGAUGGCGAAUCCACACCCGAUGAGGCUUCCAAUGGGCUGAAGAUUGCCAGCACUUAUUCUUUCCCCAAUGCUGCUAUGACGGUCUUACCGCACUCUUUCUUUAUGCAGCGACUCGUCCCUACGGGCCCCACCACGUGCUCAGUGCGCUAUGAAGUCUACCGCAGCAAGAGCUCUACCAAUGAAGAGUUCGAAGCCAUCAAUGAAACGUACAAGCGUUUUAUGUCCGAAGACAAAGAUCUCUGUGUCGAGACACAAACCAAUCUCCACUCCCGGAUGGAGGAGGGACCGGUCUACUUCCAGUCUAUUGUUCGUGAUCUGAUCACUGAGCACCAUCAGCGGGAAGAAGAUGCAGGGGAGGAGAUUUGGCCUGCGCGACAAAGAAUGCCCAAGGAAGAGGCAGUCAGCAAAGAGGAUAUGGACUUUUGCUCUAAGCUGACAAGCAAGGACGGAUCAGCUUUGACUGUGGGGGGAUGUUGUGGAGGAGGAUGUGGAGGUGGACCUCCCACUAUUGCAGCAACGGCACCUGAAACUAUGGUGGUUUAG